AUGGGCGAGCAUAAUCUUCUUAAUCCCGGGUUUGUGGGACCUUUGGUAAACAUUCACACAGGAGACACUUUUUACUUUCCUAAUUUUAGGGCAUCUAGCGGGCAGCUGGCAGGCCUACCAUCUCUGUCAUACCCGAGGAGGGACAAUGUCUGCUCUCUCCCAUGGACUUCUUCCGAGCCAUGCAAUGGAUAUCCUCAGUCUUACCUUAGCAACCACAUGCCCAUUAACCCCUCUUUUAACCGAGCUUGCGACAUAAGCAGGACAGAAGACAGCAAAUGUUACUACAGCGGCAGCGGACGAGACGUGUGCACCGAGAACACGAGCCUCAAGAGGGAGGAGAGAGUUAGGGACAGUGCUAUGGUGCCCGAGCACGGCAUCCAUAAUGGGAUAAACAGCAACGGUACUUUCCCCAAGUAUGACUACCCCAACGUCGAGAGUUUAUCUCAAGAUCCCCCUUCCUGUCAAUCGCUAGAAUCGGACUCUAGCUCGUCUCUUCUCAAUGAAGGAACUAAAACAUCUGGCAGUGAGAUUCCAGCCAUGUCUUCUCCAGCAAACCACGCAGUCGGCGUACCGGCAGGCAGUGGGGCUCCUUGGUAUCCAAUGCACACCCGGACUCGCAAAAAACGAAAACCGUAUUCCAAAUUGCAAUUGGCUGAACUUGAAGGUGAAUUCAUGAUGAACGAAUUUAUAACACGACAACGGAGAAGGGAACUCUCGGACCGACUUAAUCUAAGCGAUCAGCAGGUGAAGAUCUGGUUUCAGAACCGGAGGAUGAAAAAGAAAAGACUGCUUAUGAGGGAACAGGCACUGUCUUUUUUUUAAAACCAAAAAAGCUGAGCAGACUGCAGCAUACAUAAGGAAGUAUAUUUGAAACUUCGUGUGUAUAUUUAACAGCAUGCUAUAAGUUGACCCCAUCUCCUGCACAACGUAAUGAAUGAGCAUGUGUGAAUGAACCUGGAAAAAACAACAGAUGUUGAACAGGAAAAGUGUGUGUGAAAAAAUCAUAAUGCAUUUUAUCAUUAUUAUUAUUUUCGAAUUUCAUAUUUUUUACCAGUUCUCGUGAACCGAAUGGAAUGUAUAAGUUAAUAUUCAUGCAUAAAAUUGAUUGUAAUGGCUUGCGUAAUUUCCAAAGACUGAUACAAUU